AUGAACACACUAACUUCAUUACUAGGAAGGAUCCAUGGAAUGAUGCAGGGAUCUGCGGAUCGUCAAGUGCUAUGCAAGACUUUCAAAUUAAUGGACGAUGUUGUUAAAGCAUGCCACAACCAUCGGUUGAACUUGAAAAAUUCUCCACCGUUCAUUUUGGAUAUUUUGCCCGAUAUUUAUACACAGGUAUUACCACUCGGCGAGCUACCAUUUUGGGACAACUAUUAUAUGCAAAUAUUUUUAGAAAAUGUGCAGCAGAAGUGCAAGCAGGAGGGGAUCGAAUUGAAGCCAUGCGAGAACGCCAGUGACACAAAGGACGCAUUUGGACGGCCUAAAGUUUUGAGAUUAUUCAAAACUAACUCUAUUUUCGAAGAGCAGUCCCAAGAGAGGCGUACUUUGACUAAACUUUCGCUAGUAUUUUCUCACAUGCUUUUUGAGCUGAAGGCAGAAUUUCCUGAUGGAGAAUUCAUAGCUAAUCGUUUCCGAAUAACAAAAAGAGAGGCAGAAGAGUUUUGGCACAGCAACUUUGAUGAUAGGACCUGUGUUCCAUGGAGCGAAUUUGUGGUAGCAAUUGAAAAGACGCAGCCUAAGGCCAAGUUCAAAUUAUCUGCCCUCAAAAAUACUGUCGACUUGACCUGGAACAAUCAUGUUUCUAAUUUUGAAUUCGAUGUCUUCACCAGGUUAUUUUACCCUUGGAAAACACUUCUUCGUAAUUGGCAGUUACUCACUACAGCACAUCCCGGUUAUGUUGCUUUUCUCACAUAUGAUGAGGUGAAAAAGAAAUUGGAAAAGUUGAUAGAUAGGCCAGGAAGUUAUGUGUUCCGACUCUCAUGUACACGCCCAGGGCAGUGGGCAAUAGGGUAUGUGGCACCAGAUGGAAGAAUAUUUCAAACAAUUCCACAAAAUAAAUCGCUUAUACAAGCCCUUUAUGAAGGUAGUAAAGAAGGAUUCUAUCUAUACCCAAAUGGCGAUUAUAAGGACGUUGACUUGAGCACCGUCAUAGAAGUUCCACCUGCAGACAGAGUGAAGGUAACUAGUGAACAGUACGAUUUGUAUUGCGAGAUGGGGACAACUUUUGAGUUGUGCAAGAUAUGCGAUGACAAUGAUAAGAAUGUCAAGAUUGAGCCAUGUGGUCAUCUCUUGUGCGUCCCUUGCUUAACGAGUUGGCAGGUAAGGCUUCAGUACCAUUUAUGC